AUGUCGAACCCUCUGCCUGUGUCCCUGCCGCAGGAAUGCCGCAAGGCCGCCAAGCUGCUCAACGCUUUCGCUGACCGUACGUCACCACCACCCACCAACCACCGCGACCCCACUCUGCAGUCGCAGGUCGGCUUCACCUCUUCACCUCCCCACCGCUUCACGCGAUGAGCAUCGACGGCUUACCCCGCUUGCUCAUGUACACCACCCCACAGCUGGUAAAGGUUUGGACUCGAUCAUACCUCCCAACGUAUUGCGCAAAGCCAAAGGUAUGUGUCAUCGCGCAGCCCACCCAAUCUGCAACCCCCGGACUGGCACUCCGUAGUGCUCGGCGUUCCCCUCGGCGUUCCCCUCGGUGGCUCAGUGCCCACCCACCGACUGAAUAGCCUACUGACCAUGGUUCGACACCACAAACCACAGGUUUCGCUUUCCUCACCGUCGUCAAGGCCGGCUUCGUCUUUUCCGCUCGCGCUGGAUCGGGUGUCGUCAUCGCUCGCUUGCCCGAUGGCAGUUGGUCCGCUCCCUCGGCCUGCGCGACCGCCGGAGGUGGGGUCGGCUUCCAGGUCGGCGUCGAGAUGGCCGAGUUCAUCAUCAUUCUCAAGUAGGUCCCCAACUUCUUAUGGCUACUUUCAGCAUCCAGAACAAAGCUUAUCUCGUCGCAUCGUCACUCUCGCUUGCAGCUCUCGGGCUGCCGUAGCUUCCUUCAUGGCCGCCGGCUCCAUCAGUCUCGGCGGCAACAUGUCCAUCGCCGCCGGGCCCAUCGGUCGCAACGUCGAAGGCACCGGAGCCAUCUCCUCAAAGGGCAAAGUCGCCGCCAUGUACUCGUACUCGCGAACCAAAGGCUUAUUUGGAGGCGCCUCGAUCGAAGGCUCCGUCAUCGUCGAACGAUCCGAUGCGAACCGACAAGCCUACGGAUUCGAUGUCAAAGCCAAGCAGUUGCUCUCGGGUCAAGUCGAUCCUCCCGCAUUCGCCGACCUCUUGAUCGACACCAUUGUUCGCAAAUGUGGAGGAAGUUCCGAACAUGCCCAGAGAGGCAAUGGUGGAGAUGAUGACGAUAGCAUCUACGACGACGACUUCUUUGAGAACGGUUUGGGGCACGAGAGAGGCGAUUCGUUCGGCGGCGACCCUAAAGCGUAUUCGUUCGGAAGCGCCUAUGCGAGUGGAGGUAGCUCUUCUCGACCUUCAACCCCUGGUUCGCCAAAGAUGGAAAAGUCACUGUCUGCUUCGAAAGGGUUUGGCAGCAAGUUGAGCAACUUCGUCCCCGGGAGUGCGAGUCGAUCGAGGAGCAGUUCGAUCGCCGCCGCGCGAGCCGAGAUUGGUGCACCGACCAGCUCGUUGAUGGGCAAGGAAUCGAGCCGCGAUGGACCCGUAUCCACUGGAACGACAAGGUUCGAAACGGAGUUCACAAACGAGUUUGAGCAAUCGGACGACCCCUUCAAGGAUGGCGAGCACUGGAGAGGAAGCGUGGAUAAUCGAAGAAGCUCUGCGGCGAAAUUGACCAAAGCUUCCUCGCCUCUCAACUCUUACUCGUCCCCACGGGUAGGAGCGCCCGGAAUCAAAGACGUCGGUGCUGUUCCGGAGUGGGAGGCCCAGGCUUCUCUGACGAGGGACUCGUUCGAUUCUCUGGAUGAUGAUCGAGCCGAGCGAAAUGGGUUCGGGAACAGAUACGACGAUGGAGCUCAGACCGAUUAUGGAACGAUAGGAGGGUCUUCGUCUUCCUCAGGAGCUCGUUUCCGAUCUUCGACUGUGGGUUCCAAUACUCGACCUACGGGACUGUUCGCGAGGGCACGAAGUGCGUCUAGUCCUUGGUCAAGCAAGAGCAAGAAGGCCGCCGCAGCGAAUGCACGUGCGGCUUCUCCUUAUAUCAACGAGCGGCCAUCGCCUUUCGAGGACGACGACCUGUCGAACAAAAGCACGUAUUCUACGCGAGCUCGAUCAGGAUCUGCUGGUCCGGCACCCUGGGAUUCGGAGGAAGAAGGUUUCUACAACACCGACGACAGUCCGGCCUCACGAUUACGUUCAUCCUCUAGAGGCGACGGGAGAGCCGACGAGAGCCAGCAAAACAUCAUCACGACACCGAGAGGCGAGCGAAAGGAUCCGUUUGACUUCUCAGAGGUCGACGCCGAUUUCGCUUCGAGCAUCUCUUCGCAUCAUCCUGGUCGAGCCGCAGGGAAAAGGUCCGGGAACUCGACGCCUAAUGGAGGGAGGUCGAGGUCGGGCACGAUCGGGGGUAUCGGGAAAGCGAUCGCGUUGUACGACUUCCCGGGCGUCGAAAGUACGGAUCUGCCAUUCAAGAAGGGGGAUGUGAUUACUGUUCUGAGCUGCGAUGAUGAGGAGUGGUGGAAGGGGAGGUUGAAUUUGAUCACUGGCAUGUUCCCUAGGAACCGAGUCGAGGCUCAUCUCGAUAAAUGA